UAUUUCACAAAAAGAGAAAUUGUGGGUGAAUCAUCUGACUUCUCUACCACACAGUGACAGUGUGUCAUCAGGCUGUUUUACGGAACAUGUUCGUGACUGCAGCUUUCAUUGGACGAAUUUUGAGCGGAAGUAGCAUAAAAACCUGUCACUGAUAGCAUUAGCAUAGCAAGCUAACAGAAGUGCCUACCUCCUCCUCCUGAAGAAAACAACAAAGUCCCUCUCCGGCGGGGCGUCUAUCAUCAUGACUGUGUUGUGGUGUAAUUUGUGACAACUGACGCCAAGAUGAUGAACGACAUCAUAGAGGAACCAGAGAAAGACACCCUGCUGGAAGCGCAGCCGGAGCCACAACAAGUUUUGACGGGGCCCAGCAGCGGCACCAGGCCUAAGACCACUGAUGGAGGCAUCAGGCCGGUGGAGAAAAGAGGACCUUACAUCAUGUCCAGAGCUCCAGCCAUCCACCUCAAACUACAAAAACACAGGGAGAUGGCGAGGAAAGCACUGAAGAAGAAAGCCCUCUCACCAGGACCUCCGGUGAUGCAUCAGCCCAGACAAGGAGCCAAAAGAACGGUGAAGUUCAACAAGGGCUACGCUGCUCUGAGUCAGCAUGCGGAGGAUACUUUGGUAGCACUGGAGUCAGACAGUGAUGAAGAGAUUGAUUUUGAGCAGUACUCCUCAGGAUACUCUUCAGCUGAGGUCCAUCCUGAUUUAAGCAGGCAGCUGCUUCAGGACGGCUACCGUCUGGACGAGAUCCCAGAUGACGAGGACCUGGACCUGAUUCCGCCCAAAGCCCUGGGCUCCUCAGUGUGCUGCUGCUCUGAAGGUCCGUCCUGCUCCAUGCAGUGAUGCCGUGACUCGAACGUGACAGUUAACAAAGGCUCGGCUCCAGUUCCAGUCCCUGACUUAAGUCACUGGUUCUGAGGCCUUCUUACUAACCUAGCUCCACUGGCUGCUUCCAGCUCUGAAGCCAAAUCCCUGCUCAUGCAGGACCAUGUGCACCGAGAUUGCUCGACCCACAUGAAAGCACGGAUGGACGACAGAACAAGCCUUAUCCACUGUGACCCCAAAGCUUGACCUAUUUUUUUAGUAUUAUUUUCUUUUUAUAGAAUUACACGAGAUGCUAACUAUGCCACCGCUCCAAAUAGAGUGGCAGAGUAAUUCAUUGUUUGGGUUAUUUCCUCUGGACCCAAUGAAGAUCUGGUUACUGUCUCAUCCUCUUUGGUCAACAAGUCUGCAGCCCUCUACACGAGGUAAAGGGACAUGCACUACAAGCAUACAUGUGUGGUGCACUGUGUUUUAAUGUUCACUCUCUUUGGUGAAUCUGCAUUUCCCAAUUCUUAACUAACUGCUAAAUGAAGUAAUGGCACCUGACUAAACCAUUGACAUUCCUUGACUACUGUUACAUUAACUGGCUGUUUUAUUUUUUACCUGUAUCUGUUCUCAAAAAAUUACAUUCGAGUUUUAUUUCAAAAUGAGAUGGCCACCACUUUGGGAAAAUAUGACAUCAAUUUCAACAAAAACAACUUAAGUAAUACUUUUUUAAAUAUGAAGCAGAGCACUGAAUUGCAAAAGGAUGUGUAGUGUUUGAUGGAAACCAUGUCAUGUGUUCAUGGCUCAUGUGUGUUCUUGUUCAGCGAGUCUUACUAUCUCAAAAACUUGAAAUGAAGUGUGGAAGGUAAGCCUGGGCCCAAAUGAUCUUCUAAUGGAUCCUUAUUUUUUGUGUUGCGUCUGAGAGGACAAAGAAUUGAUUACAUUUUACUAAUUACACUCCUACAUACCAAGAAGGACGCACUAAUUCACUGCCCCGGAGUGGAAAGUGUAUGAAAAGUUGUCCCAAAGUUAGAAAAAACACUGUUUGAAAGAGCCACAAGUACCAAAUGAUGCACUACUGUAAACAACACAAACACAAGCAAAUGAGUUACUGAAGUGCUUUGGUAGAUAAACCAAUGACAGUUUAUUUGAUUGGAGAUAAGUUUCAUUCCCAUGUAACUCAUCUUGUCAUUGUAAUACAUAUUAUUAUGUAGGUAGAUAUGUAUAUGGUAAUCAUUUAAAUGAUCUGUUUUUUAAACAGUUGAUACAUUUGGAAUGAAGGGAUUUUGAUUCAUACACUCAGCAGUUUAUUAUGUACACCAACCGACAAGUAAUGCAGUGUAAUACAACAGCCCUGCAGUAAUAUCACACCCUUAUAGAAGGUGUAAUGUUUAGAUUUUGUUUCCCAAGGUGAUAAUUCAACUUUACCAUCAUUUUGUUGCUGUAGUUUGCGGUGCUAUUGAACUGACAAAUUAUUCUGACAAAUGUUUCUCAUCUUUCAUCCACCACAUUUAAAUCAAUGAGUGGAAAAACACGACUCGGUAUAUAACCAAAUACAAUUCAAACAAACACACAAAUUACAGACUCCAAAAUAACUGUUAAAGUUGAAUCAAGACGUCUGUAAAACAUGUUCAACAAAUCGUAGCAUUUAUUGCAGAGCCGUUGUAUUAGAUAUUAGGUAGUGUUAGCUAGGUGUACCUAAUAAACUGGCAUCCGAGUGUAAAUUUACAUUGAUAACCUUUUUUUUUUUUUUUUGACAAGAUGUGAUCUGCUGCAUUUUGGAUAUGUUGUCCGGGAUUAGAUAUCACUCCUAAAAAGGAUGUGUCAUCUGAAACACAUGGCAGAUUUGAGCUACAUUCUUUUAUUUAUUUAUUUAUUUGUUGGGGACUCUAAAAAUAGUUGUUACAGGUUAAAAGCAGUAAAACAGAUUUUUCAAAAGGAUUUCUAGCCUUGAGGUAUCUGACUACUCUUGUUACUUAUUAGGCUUUUGAGAUAUAAAACCAUAUUUACAUUCAUCAGUUUAUACUAAGUGUAUUAUGUUCUGUUUGUGUUAUUAUGUGUUGUUGUUUCUCAUACAGGUGACACUUUGUGUGCUGAAAAUGGCAAUUCAGAAUCUAUAAAAAAAGUGUACACUACA